AAAUAUAAUUGUAGUAGGCGAAGGCGAUCUGAUUUUUUUUAGGCGUGCAAAGUGCCAGUGAUUUUUGGAUUAAUUUAUAACUUUUAAUAAAGUAUUUCAGAAUAUAACAAUUGAUAUUCGUUAAAAUCAAGCGAAGUUCCAAACUUUCGCACAAUUCAUAACAAGCCGCAAACGAAAAAAGUUUUAAAUAGAAGGCGAAAAGGCGAAGUCAAAAAAAAAACCUCAGAGAAGAAGCUGAACGCGUUGCAUCAAGUGUGAGAGGAGCAUCGAAAAGUGAAAAAAGGCAGAAGAAAACGUGGUUUCUGGACGAGAAUAUAAAAUAAGGAGAACCCGUAUCAAAUGGAGGAACAAAAGCCCAUCCAAAACGACACCACUAGCCCCGUGCCAACCGAGGAAGUUACUUCAACGACGCCAGUAGUUGAAAUAACAAAGCGUUCCUUGCGUGUGCAGACAUGGAGGAAAAUCCAACAAAAUUCCGCUGGUGUCGUAUCCAAUGGAAUUUUCAACCGUAUUCCUGAUUUCAUCGACAAUGAUAAGGCAGCUGCUUUACUUGCCGAAACUGCUGAAUUUAAAAAAGCCAAUAAAAUAAAAGUAAACAUCGAUCGAGCAUUAGAUGCUGUGAAAUUGCAAGUGCUGGCUGCUGGCAAGGAGCUCUAUCUACCUGGUACUCGUGAGUCAAAUGCUCUUUAUCUCAAAGUUGAGUGUCCCGCUGAGGCAACUGAAGAAGAAAGAAAAGAAAUCAUUCAUGUUCAAGAUAUUCAAAAAUCUAGAACUGAAAUUUUACUUGAAAACAAAAUAAAAUUCGACUUGGUUGUUAUCGGAUCAUGUUUGGUAUCUCGCGAUGGAUAUCGUAUUGGUCGUGGCAAUGGAUUUGCUGACCUCGACAUUGGUUUGCUAAUUGAAAUAGGAUCAAUUACACCAGAAACUGUUAUUGCAACUUUUGUCCAUGACUUACAGGUCGUAGAUAAUCUACCAACAAAUCUUUUCCAAAAAUACGAUACUCCAGUUGAUUUAAUUGUUACACCAACAGAAGUAAUUCGAGUUGCUAAACCACUACCUCGUCCCCCAGGGCUAUUUUGGGAAAUUUUAUCUGAGCGUAGGCUUAAGAUAAUUCCAGUAUUGCAAGUACUCAAGGAAAAUGAGGAAAAAGCUGGAAAAAUUAUAACACUCAAGGAAGAAAAUACUGACGUUGAAAGCAGUGCUAACAAACGUUAUCAACGCAGACGCCGUCCAUAUCGACCAAGGCAACGCAGAAGUGAAACUCAAAGCGAGCGACCAAGAAGAAAGAGACAAUCAGGUGCCAGGAGACCUCGUUCAAGCAAGAAAAGCGAAGCAAGUGUAACCGAGGAUAACAACAAAGAAGAUGCUCCACAAAAACAAAACAAACGAGGUCAACAACAACCAGGUAAACGUCCCCAGAAACGUCGACCAAACAAACCGACCUCAUCCAAAGACCGUUUCUGCGUCAAGGUAACCAACAUCCCUAAAUACAUUCGAGUAAAGGACAUCAAGACCGAGCUUAGAAAACGUGAAAUCAACCCACUUUACAUCACAUGGAAGGGUCAACUUGGUAAGUGUUAUUUGCACUUCCCGAAACUUGAAGUUUCUACGGAACUAGACGAAGAUGUCAGCAGUGUGCUAAAAUCACUCUCUGAUCUUUCAAUUACUGCUGGCGAACAGAACGAAACAUGCGUCCUCACAACGGAAUUGAUGAAAUUCGAUGCCAAGGCCGAGCAAGCCAGGCAAGAUGAAGCGGUGCUGGAAUCACACUCUUCACAACGAAUUGAGUCAGUCGACACGACAACUGUAUAGUAUGAGCUGCGUGCUGUUCUUGAACGGCUGUACUUUUGGUUGGGACAUUUGGAGUCGUGCUUGAAACGAGAAGGAGUUGUUGCUUAGUGUCCUUACAAAAUACUAACGAGCAUUUUACAUGAAGUCAUACAUAUAUAUGAAUUAUAAUUUUUUUUUUAAAUGUCUCUCCAGUUCUCUUAAGUUUUUUUAUUUAAAUAAUUUUUUGUUAAUCAUUUGAAGAUUAAAUGCUUUUUUUUUGGGUAGCAUGUUGCCCGCUUAUCAUGCUAUAUAAUUUAAUAUAUUUUUUUUUAAAUCCUCAAUUAGCUCUGGAUGAUCCCUUUCCCAAGAUAUACAAUUGCAAUUUAUUUAGUUUUUCUUUUUUGAAAUAUUUACACACAUAUUGCAGCUAUAUAAAGUUUUCUUGUUAAAUAACUUUAUAAAGUUUAGCGUUAACAAACAAAACAAAA